CCUCCUUCCGCGUGCGCCCCCCGGAGCCCUCCUCGGCCGGGCCUCGGCCGCCUUUUAAAGCAAACCCGCCCAUCAUGUCACUCCCCAGUCGCUUUGAGCUCCAGAAGCUGUGAGCCAGGAGCACUCUCUCUCCGCCUUUGUCUGUCAGCCCUCCGGUCGUCCUAGUCGCUUUCCCCCCCUCGAUUCACCGCGGCCAUGUAUCGCUACUUCGGGGAGCUGUUGAGCCGCUCGGCGGGCAGCGCGUUGGCCUCGGGCUGCUCGGACGCUGCUCUCCCAGCGUCCGCCUCCCUGCUGCGGGUACGCCGCUACGCCGACGCGGCGGUCGAGCAGCAGCCGGACGACCCCAACUUCUUCCGCAUGGUGGAAGGUUUUUUCGACCGCGGCGCCGCCAUCGUAGAGGACAAGCUAGUGGAGGACCUGCGCACCCGUGAGACCCCCGAGCAGAAGCGGCACCGCGUGAGAGGCAUCCUGCGCAUCAUUAAGCCGUGCAACCACGUCUUGAGCGUGUCCUUCCCCAUUAAGCGCGACAACGGGGAGUGGGAGGUGGUGGAGGGAUACCGCGCCCAGCAUAGCCAGCACCGGACACCCUGCAAGGGAGGUAUCCGUUACAGCACUGAUGUAUCAGUGGAUGAGGUGAAAGCUCUGGCUUCCUUGAUGACGUACAAAUGCGCCGUCGUAGACGUGCCGUUCGGAGGAGCCAAAGCUGGGGUCAAGAUCAACCCGAGGAAUUACUCUGACAAUGAGUUGGAGAAGAUCACAAGGAGAUUCACCAUCGAGCUAGCCAAGAAGGGCUUCAUUGGACCCGGCAUCGACGUUCCGGCUCCGGACAUGAGCACCGGCGAGCGGGAAAUGUCCUGGAUCGCUGACACCUAUGCCAACACUAUUGCGCACACGGACAUCAACGCGCAUGCCUGCGUGACAGGAAAACCAAUCAGCCAAGGUGGCAUCCACGGCCGUAUCUCGGCGACCGGUCGGGGAGUCUUCCAUGGCAUUGAGAACUUCAUUAACGAGGCUUCCUACAUGAGCAUGCUGGGAUUGACUCCCGGAUUCAAGGAUAAGACUUUCAUCGUGCAGGGCUUCGGUAAUGUGGGUCUGCACUCCAUGCGCUACCUGCACCGGUACGGCGCCAAGUGCGUGGGCGUUGGCGAGAUCGACGGCGCCAUCUACAACCCAGAAGGCAUCGACCCCAAGCAACUGGAGGACUACAAACUGCAACACGGCACCAUCGUGGGUUUCCCAGGGGCCAAACCCUAUGAGGGGAACAUUCUGGAAGCAGACUGCCACAUCUUAAUCCCAGCCGCUGGGGAGAAGCAGCUCAAGCGGGACAACGCCCCCAAAAUCAAGGCCAAGAUCAUUGCCGAGGGAGCCAACGGUCCCACCACCCCCGACGCCGACAAGGUCUUCCUGGCCAAUAACGUCAUGGUCAUCCCUGAUAUGUACCUGAACGCAGGCGGUGUGACAGUGUCAUAUUUCGAGUGGCUGAAAAAUCUCAACCACGUCAGCUAUGGACGCCUGACCUUCAAAUAUGAGCGGGACUCCAACUACCAUCUGCUCAUGUCCGUCCAAGAGAGUCUGGAGAGGAAAUUUGGCAAGCAAGGAGGACCCAUCCCUAUUGUGCCCACUGCUGACUUCCAGGCCAGAGUUGCUGGUGCCUCCGAGAAGGACAUCGUUCACUCCGGUUUGGCGUACACAAUGGAGAGAUCUGCCCGGCAAAUCAUGCGCACGGCGAGCAAAUACAACUUGGGUCUCGACUUGCGGACGGCCGCCUACGUCAAUGCCAUCGAGAAGGUGUUCAAGGUGUACAAUGAGGCCGGGCUCACGUUCACAUAAGCCCCCUACCCACUGUACUUUUUUUCACGCCGCCGUUGUCUUUCCGCCCCUCAGCCGUCAAAGUUUAAAUAGCCUCGAGAACAUAUCAGCGUCUUUGCAUACGUCGUCGUCGUUUACCCGCUUUUACGCGUAAGAAAACGCAGAUAGUGAGACUUCUCCAAAGAACAAACCAUCUUUGUGGUCCGUUUGGUCACUGUAGUUUAAUGGCGUGCGCCACCCGCUGGCUGUGACCAGCACUGCAGAUGCCUUAAUGCUGGAUUAAAGGGAGAUCAUAGAAUCACAAUGAAAGAAAGGUUAUUAAGAGUUAUAAACAAUGUUUCCCCCUACUAGCAAGAUAUUUUUUUUUCUCUUUUGAUUAUGAAGGAGUUCAUACAACCUGAUUUUUUUUUUUUCUGCCUAUCAAGUUCUGUAAAGCAGCUUUUCCUCAAGACGAGAAAAUUGGGUCAUAUUUUAACCGUCCGCUUGCUCAUUUUCAUGUUAUUUUAGAGGAAAUAUCUUUUUUAUUUUUUUUUUAAACAUUAUUUUCUUUUUUGGGGGGGAAAACAAUAAAAUGUUGACACGUCCAAGAAUUGUUUUUUUUUUUUUUCUUUUCCUAAGCUGGCUGGUAAUUAAAAAAAAAAAAAAAAAACUGAAUUAAUAGUUAAUUAUUGAAGUAUUUCAUUUUAGUCAUCUAGAACGAUCCCUACACACUUUUAACUCGUUGGCUGCCAUACACGGCACUAAAUGUCCAGUCCAUUUUGACUGGGAGUGCUGGCAAUAAUUGCAACCAGUCCUCCCUGGCGAAAUGGAUUGGACGUUGUGCGCCGUAAAUGGCCGCUAAAGAGUUUGAUAUUAUUAAAUUAACAAAAAAAUAAAUUUAAAAAAUUGGGUGUUAUUGGGGGCCAUAACCAUUAUAUUUCUAUUUUGUUUUUAGAUUUUAUUAAUUUAUGAAUGUACAUAUUCAUAAAAUAGAUUAAUACUUCAAAAUAUAAUAAUACUCAAUUUAUGUAACUUGGCUGCACAACGUUACCCAAAAUGUGAAGUUAUAUUUUUUUAGAUUGCCAAACAAUAGUCCCUUGCCCUUUAAGUCACAUUUUUAUAUAUUAAACUUUUAAUGGCAUAAUUGACUUAAAGUUUAAUUAAAAAAAAAAAUCUUCUGUUACAUUUUUUAAAAUGUUUUUAACUAAUGAAAUGGCAAGCGUUAUGCUGCAUUUUGUAGCUACAUUUAACUGAUACAAAUGGAUCAAGUGUGUAGGUUUGGUCUCAACAUUGGUAGGGACAAGAUAACAGCAUAUCCUAAAUAUAUAUUCUUGUUUUCCUGGGGAUGGGACAUUAAUAAAACCAAACAGAUUGGGUGAAUGGGGGUCAAAGCUACAUUUCUCACGAACAUGAACCUAAUUAAUUAAUAGACUAAAUGUAGCCUGGAACUCCCGGCUCCCCGCUGUUCCAGCAAUAGUCUAGCGAUCUUCCCGCAGAUCAAAAUCCCAGGGCGGAGCAAGCCACAG